GCCUGGGGCUGGGCACCCCACAGCCACCCCACAGAGCAGGACAUGGCCACCCCGUGCCUUGCUGGCGCCAUGGCGUCUCACCAAGGCUGAUGGGCCCACACAAAGGCACGCCUCAGAAAUCGGCCACAGCAACCCCAGUUUUCCAGGAGGUGGACAGGCUUUGUGUGGGAGUGAAGCUGAAGUUUUGCAGUGGAAACAAGGAACCCUGACUUCCCUGAGGAGGCUGUUUCCAAGCAGUGGCUGGAAACAUUGCUUUCCUUUGUUCAUUAUCUCCUGCAAGAUGAUGAGUUCUAAUCAGGAGGAGGUCACUUUGGGCGCUUUUCUCCAGUACAUUGAAGAUAUGGGGAUGAAGGCCUAUGAUGGCUUGGUUAUACAGAAUGCAUCAGACAUUGCUCGAGAGAAUGAUCGCAUGAGGAAUGAAACAAACCUGGCUUACUUGAAAGAAAAGAGUGAAAAACGCCGAAAACAAGAAGAAGCAAUAAAACGCAUAGGUGGAGAAGUAGCAAGAGGAAAUGAAGGUAGCUACGUGGGGAAACAUUUCCGCAUGGGAUUUAUGACAAUGCCUGCUCCUCAGGACAGACUGCCACACCCCUGCUCCAGUGGCUUCACUGUCAGAUCCCAGUCUCUUCACUCAGUUGGAGGAACCGAUGAUGAGAGCAGCAGCUCUCGAAAGCAGCCGCCUCCAAAACCGAAACGAGACCCCAACACCAAACUGAGCACCUCGUCUGAAACAGUCAACACUGGAACAACAAGCAAAAGUGGGAAACUACCUGAUAGGACUGAAGUGUCAGGCAAACCAAGACCUCACAGUGAUGAGUACACAAAGAAGAUCCCACCUCCUAAGCCGAAACGAAACCCAAACACUCAGCUAAGCACAUCUUUUGAUGAAACUUAUAUCAAAAAGCAUGGCCCUAUGAAGACAACCCUCACUAGGGAUGCCUCGCUGUCACAGGUCAGCAGUCCUGCUCCAGACACAGAGGAAGAAGAGCCUGUUUAUAUUGAAAUGGUUGGGAAUAUUCUCAGAGACUUCAAAAAAGAUGAGGAUGACCAAAGCGAAGCGGUCUAUGAGGAGAUGAAAUAUCCUAUAUUUGAUGAUGUAGGCCAAGAUUCAAAAUGUCAAUGUGAAUAUGACCAUCACACUUGUUCUUCUCAGUGUGCUACUCCCACAGUGCCUGACCUAGAUUUCACCAAGUCUUCAGUGCCAUCUACUCCCAAGGGCUUGCUUUGUGACAUACCCCCACCAUUUCCAAACCUGCUUUCUCAUAGACCUCCACUGCUGGUGUUCCCACCAGCUCCAGUGCAGUGUUCCCCAAAUUCUGACGAGUCUCCUCUAACUCCACUAGAGGUCACAAAGCUUCCUGUCUUAGAAAAUGUGUCUUACAUCAAACAGCAAGCUGGAGCUUCUCCGUCUUCACUGCCACCUCAUACACCAGGCCAUCAAAAACUGGAGAAAGACCAGACAGUAUCUCAUGGAACUAGCACCCCUGGGCACACCUCCUCUCCUCCUCAUCCUUCUACCUUAUAUAGAACACAGUCUCCACACGGUUAUCCUAAAAGUCACUCUGCCUCACCUUCUCCUGUCAGUAUGGGUAGGUCUCUUACCCCCUUAAGCCUCAAAAGACCUCCACCUUACGACUCUGUACAUUCAGGAAGUCUCUCAAGAAGCUCUCCAUCAGUGCCUCAUUCUACAGCCAGAAACACAUUGCAAGAAGGAGGAAAGAUGGUCAGUGUCUCAGUCAGCACCUACGGGUCAUCAUCUCAGAGCAGUUCCCGUUCUCGGACACCCACCAGUCCCCUGGAGGAGCUAACCAGCCUCUUCACCUCAGGACGGAGUCUCCUGAGGAAGUCCUCCAGUGGCAGAAGAUCUAAGGAACCUGCAGAAAAACCACUAGAUGAGCUGAAGAUCAGAAGUCACAGCACUGAACCACUACCAAAGCUGGAAAACAAAGAAAGAGGACAUCAUGGGACAUCUUCCUCUAGGGAGCCAGGGAAAGCUCAGGAAUGGGAUGGAACUCCAGGCCCUCCUGUGGUGUCCAGCAGGCUGGGGAGAUCCUCUGUCAGCCCAACCAUGCUGGCUGGAGGCAACAGCUCAGAGUCUAAAUCCAGUUGCCGGUUGGGCCGGUCCGCGUCCACGUCGGGAGUGCCUCCUCCGUCUGUGGCGCCGCUCCGGCAGCCCAGCGACCUCCAGCCGAGCCAGGUGACGUGCAUGCAGUGGUUGCAAGGGGACCAUACGAUGCUGGACAUGAUUGAAAAAAAGCGUUGCCUCUGCAAAGAGAUCAAAGCUCGACAGAAAUCAGAGAAAGGACUCUGCAAACAGGACAGCAUGCCUAUUUUGCCAAGUUGGAAAAAGAAUGCUGGGACCAAGAAGUACAGCCCUCCUCCUUAUUCCAAACAACAGACUGUUUUCUGGGACACUGCAAUUUGACAGGCCUGUGGAGGAUGCCCUCUCCACUGUGUGGCACUAAGCACAGAAAUAAAAUGGCAGAUGAACAACUCCAGAGAUCUCACAAAGUUCCAGAAUCUGCUGGAAAGGAGACAGCUUGUUGCUCAUGAGAAAUCUGUUGAGAUAACAGGUUCAUUAUUCAGUAAGUGUUCAUGCUUUGUCUUCCUUGUAAUGUGGCAAGAGAAGAAUUUUCCAUGUCCAUGUAUGAAACACUUAGCUCAGCCCUUUCCCCCAUCUGCACAAAGUCACUGGUGACAAAACGCAGGCUGGCGUUCAGCCAGCUCUGCCAGUCCUUGUCCUGCUGGUUUCCUCCUGGAGCAGCUCCUUUGAAGCUGCUCUGCCGGAGCAGCGCUGGCAGAGCAGACCCCGGGCACACCCGCCGGGGGAAGGCAGUGCCAGUGUGAGCAGUUCCGUCCUUGGUAGUGUUUGUUCAUAUCGUGUCCUUUCCAUAUCGAGACCUAAUAGGAAUAAUGAUCAGGGAAUUGAAGCAUUCUUGUCCUAAGCAGACUUGCUUGUACACUUAGCUCACCGCAAACUCCUUGUUUUGCUUUUAUUGCUCACCGCUGUUUAUGUUGUCCUUCCUGAAUAACUGCCCACGUGCUUCCAGACCUCCAUUGUAUCCCAUGGAAACAAUGGCUUUUUGUUUUAAAGUGCGACAACAUGAAAAAGCAAAGUAUCAUUUAGCACUUACCUUCAAAGCACUUUAGAAAUGUGAAGUAAACCUCAUGCUUGCGAGAGCUGUUUUACUGAGGAGGGACAUGAGGCUCAGGCGGAAUAGUUUCCAAAGUCAGGGACGGAGGCAGAGCAGGACACAGCCACUGCCCUGUCCCGUGACUGCUGGCCCAACCUAUGGCUCGGGUAAAAGGCACAUCGUCCUGCCCAGAGCUGCCAUCCAACACUGUCAAACAUUUCCUACAUCACCUCUUGUCUCAGCAGCUUCUGUGUCACAGGGUGAAUGACAGUGCUUAGCUACACACGGUCAUUAAAGCUGUAGUCUGUAUAAAUAUGCAAUCUGUAUAUACAUACAGAUCACAUAUAUACACACACUUAUGGAGACUGUAUAUAUGAAAUUGUUUGGUAUGCACUUAUUUUGCUUUAAACUCCUGAAGUUAAACAUUAUAGUGUAGCAAUUUGUGUAAGGUGCACUGUGAUUUCAAGAAAGCACAGUAAAGUCACAGGUCUUGUUAUUCUUGCACUAAAAAUGUGUUUACGUAUAUUAGCCAAUGUAUGUCUACUUUAUCGCUCCUUUUGACAAAUUAAAGCAAAUGGUAUAAAAUAGUAUGGGGUUUUUUGGUUUGGGUUGUUUAUUUUUAAGUGGACAAUGGCACUAUGUUUUUAAAUGACAGGGUUUUUAAAUAAAAUUAAAUCAUUCUGUGUUCAUUCCAAUGUAAUACAUUUACCAAUAUCUUGAAACUGAAUGUCAUGUUGCUUUUUUUUAUAUUUCAUUAGAAAUUGUCAGGUACGUGCCUGAGAUUGUGUAGGA